AGUGUUGCCACAUGCUUUCCCUUUUUGUAUACAGAUGAUUUGCAAUCAUAAAUCAUUAUCAGAAGAAGAAAUAUUGCUGCUUCUCGAAGGUGAUUUAUCUGAUUUGGACCUUGAUACGUCUGAUGUGGAGGAAGAGAUUGAAAAUGCUCGGCAGCAGGACCCUACUACACUGGAAAUACAGUUUCUUCAAGGAAUGGACCUUGAUAUGGUUGAAAUUCUGGACCCUCAAGCCAAUGAUGAAGAUGAUGUUCCCUUAGAUUCAAGAUUACUUGCUGAGCCAAAAGUUGCACCAAGUUAUUCAGCUCAGAAAAUUCAGCGUGAUACACACCGGGAUCUUCGGUGGAGAAUGAAGGACAUUGAAGAAGUGGACACAUCAUGUAAUGCAGUUUUUUUCUGACCCUCCAGGAGAAGGUCUUUGCAGUAUUCCAGAACAAUGUGUAGUGAUGAUAUUAUCCAUAACCUAGUUCAGC